AAAAAAUUAAACUCCGCCUGUUUGUUCGUUGUUAAAACUUUAAUAAUAUUCAUAACAUUCAAUCCCUAACGAGGCGAAAAAAACUCAUGAAGUUUCUGCUACUCUCACGAAAUGGUUUUUGUUUCAGUUUUGAACGUAGCAGCAGGAAAAGCCCCCAUGCAAGUCAGCACAGAUUCGGGGGGCAUUCCCCAAAAGGCCAUAGACGGCAGUACGAGCGCCUUCUUCAGCAGCGACACGUGCACCCUCACCAAAACUGAGAGGUCCCCUUGGUGGUACGUCAAUCUCCUGGAGCCCUACAUGGUGCAAUUGGUGAGAUUGGACUUCGGCAAACCGUGCUGUGGUGCCAAAAAACCGGCUACGAUAGUGGUCAGAGUGGGCAACAACCGACCGGAUUUGGGAACGAAUCCCAUCUGCAACCGAUUUACCGGAUUUCUGGAAGAAGGCCAGCCUUUGUUCCUGCCGUGCAAUCCGCCCAUGCCCGGAGCAUUCGUCAGCGUCCACCUGGAGGCUCCGGCCCCCAGUCAGCUAUCUAUUUGCGAGGCUUUCGUCUACACCGAUCAGGCUCUGCCGAUUGAAAGGUGCCCGCAAUUCAGGGAUCAACCGCCAGGUAGCACAGCAACUUACAACGGAAAAUGCUACAUAUUCUACAACAGACAACCGUUGAACUUCCGCGACGCCCUGUCCUUCUGCCGAUCCAGAGGCGGCACAUUGGUGGACGAAAGCAACCCGGCUUUGCAAGGCUUCGUCAGCUGGGAGCUGUGGCGCAGGCACCGCAGCGACGCCAGCGGGCAGUACUGGAUGGGCGCUCUCCGAGAUCCGGACACGCGGAACUGGAAGUGGCUCACCGGCGAGGAUGUCACCGUGUCCUUCUGGAACCUGCCGGUCGGUAACGGGGAGUGCACCAGGUACGACGGCACCAAAGGCUGGCUGUGGUCGGACACCGAUUGCGCCAUGCCCUUGAAUUACAUUUGCCAGCAUCAACCAAAGGCUUGUGGUCGGCCAGAACAGCCUCCGAAUUCGACGAUGAUCGCACCGAAUUACAACGUGGGUUCCACGAUUGAGUACACAUGCGAUGAGGGCCAUCUUCUUGUAGGACCCACCAGUAGAGUUUGCUUAGAAACCGGGUUUUACAACGAAUUUCCACCAGUGUGCAAAAGAAUCCAGUGCGGAUAUCCAGCCGAUAUAACGAACGGAGAAUAUAAUUUAGUAAACGACAGUGUCGGUUAUCUGUCUAGGGUUAUUUAUACUUGCGAUGAAGGUUUCGAAAUGAUCGGCCGGGCUCAAUUAGCGUGCGAUAUCGACGAACGAUGGAACGGCCCACCGCCCAGAUGCGAAGCCUUACAAUGCGAAUCGCCAGCUGAAAUAGAUAACGGCAUCGUGGAUAUAUCGAAUGGCUCGAAUUAUGGUUCGACUGUUCAGUACACGUGCAAUUCCGGUUACGUUCUUGACGGCCAUUCCACGUUAACCUGCUUGUCCAACGGACAGUACGAUCAUCCCAUACCAACAUGCGAAGCUCUUCCAACAACGAUUCAAAAUCCGGAACCCACCACCAGAACGACUAGUAAGCGUCCGACAUCACAAUUAACAACGCCAGUUCUUACCACCACCAGACAGCGCGAGAGAACCAGAGGUACCAGACCACCACCUACAACAAUCAGAGGAGUCGAAGUCGUCAAAUCAACGAACAGAACUAGGAGGCCAAUAUCCAGGACAACAACACAACCUACGACUCCUUUAACGUCUUCUCAUCCAUCUAUAAUCGUCGCCGGCCAUCCCCAAGACAACGAAAUAGCGGGCAGUUCGAAUAUUCAACACGGCGAAACGCCCAACGUGAAUAUACCGCUCUCCAUCGACGGAGAAAGGAAGGAGACGUUCGGAGCGAAACUGAAUUUGGGCGCCAUCAUCGCCUUAGGAGCAUUCGGAGGGUUCAUCUUCCUCGCUGCUAUCAUCACCACCAUAGUGAUCUUAGUCCGAAGGAACCAAAGUGCCAAACAUUACCGCCACCGGGCCUCCCCCGACUGCAACACCGUGGCUUCGUUCGAUUCCUCGAGCUCGGAGUCGCGUAACGGCGGCUUGAACCGCUACUACCGGCAGGCGUGGGAGAACCUGCACGAGUCGGCGGGCAGCAAGGCGGGCCUGCGGGCGGCGAGCGCGGCUAAUCACUCGCCGUUGCGCAGGAAAGAGACGCUGGACGAGCCGUACCGCAGCGAGCGGCACCGCGACGGCUCCGAGAUGGUGGUGUCGGACGUGUACGGCGCCAAGACGGCGGGCGCCGCCGCCGCCGAGAAGAAGAGGCACCACCAUCACCAUCACCACCACGAAGGUAGGCCGCACAAGGAGGGAAGGGAAUGGCGCGAUUCCCGACCGCCUCCCCAUAGAGAGCACAAGAGAUAUUGACAACCUUGUAUGGUAAUAACAGUACAAUACGAAGAGUAGGUCGGUUUUUUUUAGUUGAUUCGAAACUUGUCUAAAGUGAAACAAUUACUCCGAUGGAAAUUGAUUAGUGUGCCUAAAUGGAAAAAGUUAAAAAAAAUUAUCGCAUAUUGUACAAGAUUUGCUUGAGAUUAGAACCAUUUUUUUAUAGAAAUAAUUUAUUUUUUUUGGCACAAAAAUCAAUUUGAAAAUUAAAGAUUGGCUGUUCAUUAGAUUUUUUUAUCCAAUCUAUGCACUUUAUGUUAUCAAAUUAAUUUAUAUAAUGUUGGAUAAUACAAUAAAUUAGGUAGGUACAUAAUUAGAUGGAUAAUCUGAAAGGUACUUAUAUUAAAUUAAGUAAUUGGAGUGAUCUUUUAAUCGAAUUUUAGGCAUGUUUCGGAGUACCUAUUUGCAAAUUGAAUUUUUAUUUUAUUAUUUUAUUAAAAAUACAGGGUGAGUUAUUGAAGCGACACUUUUGAAGGCGAUCUGCAAUCACUUUUUUUCAUAUAAUGAAAAAAUAUGUAAAAGAGAAAUAAUAUUUUCAGGUUGGCUUUUUGCAGUUUUGAUGCAUUACAAAUCGAAUAAUUUUUAAAAAUUUAGGAAUAGCUUUCGAUUCUACAACUCAUUCUGUAUAAAUAUACAUACUAAAGGUAUAGAAUUACGUUUGGGCAAUUUUAUACGGAUUUAUUUUAGUCCAUUUUUAAAUAACAUCUCUAACUGAAAUUUAAUGCUUUUUUGCUCAUAUAUUUAUCAAUAUAAUUUUGAAACAUAGUUUCACUAUAAUUACCAAAGUCAACAAUUAAAUUUCAUUUAUUUAUUUUAAUAUUUAGUAACAUACUUGUUAUAGGUUGGUAAAUAAUACUUUAA